UUCGAGGUUGAUUCACUGUGAUAUUCCCAGGGCGCAGGACAGUGCCAGGCACCAGGCAGACGCUCGCACACGUUGGCUGGAUGAAUGAAAGGUGAGCAGAAAAGGCGAUACCUGGAGGAGUCCAAGGGCGAGAUUGGAGGAGCAGGAGAAUAGGACUGUGCGGAGCCUACGGGAAGAAUCCGAAAGUCCCUGUGCAGUGGGAGUCUGAGAAAGGAGACCGGCCGUGUGAUCAGAAGGGCGGAGUUCUUUGUCUGAGUUCCACGGAAGGCAGAAUGGGCUGAGCUGGGACUGACCUAAAUGUCGACCAAAGGAGUGGUUUUCACCUUGAAAGUCACUGCCGGACUAGUUCCUGGUGAGAAAUAAUCCAGAGCAGGAAGAGCCUGCAUGUCCUCUUUGGCUGCAGGAGGAGGUUACUGUACGUGCUGUCUGAGGCUUGUCUCUACUCCAUCAGUGGGCGAGACUCCGUGAAGUCGUCCAGCAUGCUCUGCCCACCCCACGCCGAGGCGCACUGACCAUGAGCCUCAACUUCUCCCUCGGCCACAGGAAGGAGCUGAGUAAUCUCACUGAGGAGGAGGGCGGCCCCGGGGGUGGCGGCAUCACUGAGUUCAUCGCCAUCAUUAUCAUCACCAUUUUCGUCUUCCUGGGCAACCUGAUCAUCGUGGUCACAUUGUACAGAAAGUCCUACCUCCUCACCCUCAGCAACAAGUUCGUCUUCAGCCUGACCCUGUCCAACUUCCUGCUGUCUGUGUUGGUGCUGCCUUUCGUGGUGACCAGCUCCAUCCGGAGGGAAUGGAUCUUUGGCGUGGUCUGGUGCAACUUCUCCGCCCUCCUCUACCUGCUGAUCAGCUCGGCCAGCAUGCUCACCCUCGGGGUCAUUGCUGUCGACCGCUACUAUGCUGUCCUGUACCCCAUGAUGUACCCCAUGAAGAUCACGGGCAACCGAGCCGUCAUGGCACUUGCCUACAUUUGGCUUCACUCCUUCAUCGGCUGCCUGCCGCCUCUGUUUGGCUGGUCAUCGGUGGAGUUUGACGAGUUCAAGUGGAUGUGUGUGGCUGCGUGGCACCGGGAGCCUGGCUAUACCGCCUUCUGGCAGAUCUGGUGUGCCCUGUUCCCCUUUCUGGUCAUGCUGGUGUGCUAUGGUUUCAUCUUCCGCGUGGCCAGGGUCAAGGCACGCAAGGUGCACUGUGGCACCGUGGUCAUUGUGGAGGAGGACGCGCAGAGGAACGGGAGGAAGAACUCCAGCACCUCCACCUCCUCCUCAGGCAGUAGGAAGAACGCCUUUCAGGGUGUGGUCUAUUCGGCCAACCAAUGCAAAGCCCUCAUCACCAUCCUGGUGGUCAUUGGUGCCUUCAUGGUCACCUGGGGCCCCUACAUGGUUGUCAUCACCUCUGAGGCCCUCUGGGGGAAGAACUAUGUCUCUCCGACCCUGGAGACCUGGGCCACGUGGCUGUCCUUUACCAGUGCCAUCUGCCACCCCCUGAUCUAUGGACUCUGGAACAAGACGGUUCGCAAGGAACUACUGGGCAUGUGCUUUGGGGAUCGGUAUUACCGGGAACCGUUUGUGCAGCGGCACAGGACUUCCAGGCUCUUCAGCAUUUCCAACAGGAUCACAGACCUGGGCCUGUCCCCACACCUCACGGCGCUCAUGGCAGGCGGGCAGCCCCUGGGGAACAGCAGCAGCACUGGUGACACCGGCUUCAGCUGCUCUCAGGACUCAGGCACGGAUGUGAUGCUGCUGGGGGACUACCCGUCUGAGGAGACCCCGCCCUCCCACUGCACUUGCCCACCCAAGAGGAGGAGCUCGGUGACCUUCGAGGAUGAAGUGGAGCAGAUCAGAGAAGCUGCCAGGAACCCUGUUCUUCACGUGAGAGCCGAAGUGCACAAGUCCUUGGACAGUUACGCGGCCAGCUUGGCCAGAGCCAUAGAGGCCGAGGCCAAGAUGAACUUAUUUGGGGAGGAGGCUUUGCCCGGGGUCUUGCUGGCCGCACGGACCGUCCCGGGGGCUGGCUUCGGGGGCCGCCGAGGCAGCAGGACCCUGGCCGGUCAGAGGCUGCAGCUGCAGAGCAUCGAAGAGGGCAACGUUCUAGCUGCACAACAGAGAUGAGGGCCUCCGGGUGGACCGUCCCUGGAGGGAGGCCCGUUACCGUGCAUGCCGAGGCCCUGGGAGCAGCCUCUGGUGUGCAGCCAUCAGAAAAAAACACUGAAAACAA